AUGGGAGAAGACGAGGCGGUCGACGCAUUCGCAGCGCGUGUAACGACGCUCGUUAACAGGAUCCGCGACCUAGGCGAGACACUCUCCGAGAUCUCCGUGGUCAGGCAGUUCCUACGCGCGGCAUCACCAAAGUAUAUCCAGAUCGUAACCUCAAUCGAGCAGUGUGUCGAUCUGAAGACCCUCACGGUGGAGGACUUGGUGGGGCGAUACAAGGCGCACGAUGAACGACUCCGGAUGGUGUUCGGAGAUGGCAAAGAGGACGAGCAUCUGAUGAUGACCCGUGCGCAGUGGUCUGCUAUGGCCGCAAGGAAAAUUGGCGAUUCGUCAUCGUCCAGUGGAAGAAGAGAUCAAGCUAAAGGAGGAGGUCGAGCACAAGCAAAGAAAGCUCCUCAAGGUACCGAGGAGAAAGGUGCGGCCCCCAAGAAAAAGUUUGAUCGUAAGAAGGUUAGGUGCCACAACUGUGGAAUAUACGGGCACUUCAAGUCAGAGUGCCGAAAGCCACAGAAAGAGAAAGCAUAUAAGGCCAGGGAAGAAGAUGAUGAUCCGGCGCUGCUGAUGGUAGAGAUGUGCGAGCUGAUGGAAGAAGGUCAAUAG